AUGGGGUGGAUCGGCGAGCAAAUCGAUUCCAUAAAGUCUUUGCAGUUCAGACAAAUUCUCACCCAAGCCGUUAGCCUCGGGAUGAUUGUUACGUCUGCUCUGAUUAUAUGGAAAGCACUGAUGUGUUUCACUGGUAGCGAGUCCCCCGUGGUGGUUGUUCUCUCUGGAAGCAUGGAGCCCGGUUUCAAAAGGGGCGACAUUUUGUUCUUGCACAUGAGCGACGAUCCCAUUCGUGCCGGAGAAAUUGUUGUGUUUAAUGUUGAUGGUCGUGAAAUUCCUAUUGUCCAUCGAGUAAUUAAGGUUCAUGAGCAAAAAGACACUGGAGAGGUUGAUGUUCUAACAAAAGGAGAUAAUAAUUAUGGGGAUGACAGACUUCUUUAUGCUCAUGGUCAGCUAUGGUUGCAUAGACAUCAUAUUAUGGGAAGAGCUGUUGGGUUCUUGCCCUACGUAGGUUGGGUGACCAUAAUUAUGACAGAGAAGCCUAUCAUUAAGUACGUGUUGAUAGGCAUACUUGGACUGCUGGUCAUUACUUCGAAGGAAUAG